AUGAACGAGAAGGCUUACGACGAGAAAGUGGAAACACUCUUCCCAGCUCCAUCCCCUUCACCGACGGUACUCUGUCCACAGAGGUGGCCAGGAUGCAAUCUCGAUUCAUUAACCGCGGUGCAGCACGUAUUGAUCGAUAACCACAUUCGACAUCAUAUCUUCACCAACCAUAUCAAGUUCCACAACCACAUUACUCAUCGGGCGCUUGCGAUAUACGCCUCAGGAGGGAGCAGCGCCGUGAUUGAAGCAUUCUACAAGCAGGAUACUAAGGUUCAGAGAGCCGCCUUUGUAUCACCCCACCCCAUCACAGCGCAGAACUUUGUUGACCAUCUUGGUGACGAAAACUAUUACGAAGCAUAUACCACUUUCUUUGCCAAGGUCAUCGAAGAGAAGGGCGCCUCUGCAACUUUGGAUGAAUUCAUUUUUUCCGAGAAGUAUAACUUCCAGCCUGGAAGAGAUGCGGGAAGCCAGCCAGAGAUGUUGUCCCGAUUCGUGGAUGCAGUCAUGCAUCCAUUGAUUCAUUGCGGAUAUGGCGUGGAAUUUGGCUUAAAAGGAAUGCUUGCUCAGGGGUUGUCGAUGACGACAAUGCAUGAUGUUCAUUUCCCAGGUUUCUUUCCACCAUCAAUGUUUGGCUCCAACCCUAGCGAUGACAUCCGCACUACAAUGAACAGUUUUGCGUCAUUGGUGCUCGAUGACCAGUCCUCUGCGAUGCCUCUCAAGGCACCAAGCAGACAAGAUACCCACGCUUUCUCAAUCAUUGCUCGAGUUCUCAAGGAUCUCAGCCUUACGUCGGAAGAUCUACGCCAUUCCACUAGGCAAUAUCCUGACACACUUGUGGCUUACGGUGGCAGAAUCCGCGAGCACGUUCAGAAAUGGACAGUGGAUCUCUCCAGACCAGGAGAGAUCGAACGUAAGAUGGAAGAGUGUAUUUGGACCUCAUCGGUAAUGUAUGCUCUCGGAGGAUGGAGAAAUGGUUUCACCGCCGAUUUCAUCCUGAUGCAUAUGGUCACUUCAAGUAUCUUCCUCCCUUCACUCAUCGCAUACUUGUCUCCUCGGGCGCAAGUUCUACUUCUCCGCGCAUACCUUUCAAGUGCUGUGACAUGGUUCGUGGCACGCGGCCGGCCCUCCCUGAAUUUCAAAACCUUCUUUGAAUCGACACUCACGGUCCCAAACCCCCCAAACGGCACCGCUGUUCCGCCAGUGGAAGGUUUUCCAAUAGAGGACGUGCAGACACCCAACCCAUUCCUUCCUCUCGUUCAAUCAUCCAUAAUGCAUCCCAAUGACCAUCACGUCAAGAUCCAACGAGCUUUCGCACACUUCUCCACCAUCUACGGGGCGCGGCCGAAAGGAUACUUUGCUGGAACUGAGCUAGAAGGGGCAGAGGAGCUUGACGGCUCGUUGUUCGUGCGAGCAGCAGUGCUGACUGCAGAUUAUAUGGGUUGGGCGAGAGAAGGGGAAGAGGCGAGAGAUUGGAGUUUUGAAGGAUUAUAUGCGUAA